UCGAAAGGUCGUAUUCAUCUAAUGUGGACUUUUGAUGGAGGCAGUGAUUCUGCCCGGAAGAACACCGGCCUCCUGGAUCUUCCCGCCACCGCGCCCGCAUCUGGUUCGGGUCAUCCCGGAUCGUCGGGGGACCAGGCGUUUCCCGAUUUCGAGACCGACUCCGGCUCGUUCAGUCCCGACCACUUCCUCGUACUCGCUCGACCGUUGGUGAAACCGAAAAGUGAUACGGGUGGUUCAUACGAGUACGGUGCAUACUGGGCCACACGGAUCAACGGGUCCGAUGCACGGGAAGGCAUGCUGACUGGAUUGAAUCGAACGGCCAGUUAUCAGGUGAUAGUCUAUGGCGUGCGUGGUGACGGAGAUCGACGCCAGAUCACUCGGUUCUCGAAGGCCGCCUAUGUGAAUCUUGCGACUGCGGAUCACACCGGGCCAUACAGUCUUCUACGUUCAUUGAUCAACAACCGUCUGAUGUAUAUUAUCCUUGGUGGUAUCGCAGCCGUCAUGUUCUUUGUCGUGUUUGUGUUUAUCCUGCUCUGUUUGUGCCGUCAGCAUCGGGACCGUCGCGAGACAAAUCAGCGCAAGAAACAGAAUGGUUUCGUCCAAAGCUACAAAGAUACAACUCAGUACAUGCCUGUGUCCACCACGGACGGAGCGAAUCAGCCGGUUUCCGGUAUGAACAAUCCGUCGAACGGUGCCGGAGGUAUGAUGAUGAUGAGCAACUUACAGUGCAGCGCGUUCUCCGAUCACUCCGCUUCCAACCAUGGUGGUGGUGGUGGCAUGCAAGGUAUGAACGGCACCCUGCAACAUCAACAACAACAACAACAACAGGCCGAAUUGAAGCAACAGCAGCAUCAGCAACAACAACAACUGUACAUGCAACAACAACAACAACAACAGGCGGAUCAGUAUGCCGCAGCUAUGGCCAUGUCCAAGGAGUUGAUGCAACAACAACAACAACAACAAGCACAGCACCAAUCUAUGCUCGGCUCUCAAAUGCACUUACAUCAGUCCAAUCAGCCAACUCCGAUUGUCUAUCAUCAUCCACAGCAUCAUCAAUCGCAUCAUUCCCUACUAUUUCCCUCCUCCGGUCCAAUGCACCAAGUUCAGGCGGCACCAAUGUAUCAGAGUGGAACGCUGCCUGGCGGUCCGCGCUACAUGCGACAGGGUUUCACCCCGGCACAUCAUCAAUUCGGAAGUCAACAACCGUUGAACCGAGCUACCACACCAGCCCAAGGUAUGCUGGACGUCAUGGACUAUCAUAUGCAACCUGGGGGAGUGUAUGCGCAUCAACAACCGCAACUACCCCCGGUUCCGCAUCCACAAAACACAGAUCUGCCACCGCAUCAUCUCAUGAUGAAUGGGGCUCAGCGACAAAUGGGCUAUUAUCCGGGUCCAAUGACUCCAAGUGGGACCUCAUUGAAACGUGAACCACCGACCGGGGGUUCGUUGCAAGAUGGCUCGGCUUACGGUGAGUGCAUGACUGUUUCGCUUACCUUCUAA